GGAAACUGAGACUCAAGAGACUCAGUCUCGAGUGCGAUAUUGGCGAGUGUGAACGUGUUUACUUGGGCUUCGAUUGCAAAUACACAAAACCGACUUUACGAUGGCAAUUACGCGGCGGCUUCCCCGAUCGAAGCUGCUGUUAUUGUUUGCCUGGCUGUGUUUGGCAUUGGAUCUAAAUCGUGCAGCUCGAGUGCCCAGCGAUCAGUUUGUGUUUCCUUCUGACUCAAAGACCAAUAAUCCGCCCAUCCGACUGGAGUCCAGACUCAGGGAAAUCGAGCGACAAAUGGAGGAGGUACCGAGAGCCACGAAUGUCACCCUCUUGAUGCCCAAGGAAAGCAAAAAGGGUUCGCCCCGGAAUACGGGUAACGAAAAUAUCUCGCAGAAACCAGGAAAUACUCCCAACAAAACCGGAAGCAUAAGUGAUCUUCCGAAUAAUUCAACCAAAGGGGAGAUAGAAGUACCAUCCCGUCAGGGAAACAAAACCCAUCCCUCCAGCGAAUCCAAGAUGGUAACCUUCGUUAAAGAACCCGAAUCGGAUAAGCCAGCUCCUUGGGAUCAAGCCACCCCAGCCACCAUUGUCUCCGAUCCCAAAGGCGUUAUUAUUGGACCGCGGAUUGUCCUGGAAACCACAAAGAUUUGUCCGGAGGGCACUACCCUCACCGUCAAUGACCAUUGCCGCAAGAUUGCCUAGCAUUUCUUCUAGAUCUUCAAUAAAUAAAUCUUAAAAGCAAUGCA